ACCCUUUGGAACCAUGAUGCAAAUGCUGCCCGUAAUAUCCACCGCCUAUUCCUCCAUAUGAACUCUAAUAAUGAUGAACGCCUAGAAGAAUUUCACAGACCUGAAGAUAGAGACCGAUAUGGAGGUGAAGAAUUGCCGUUCGCCGUAGCUACUUCGGGAGUAAGUCGGAUGCAUAAGGUGGGAACGGCCUGA